CCGGCUCUUAAGGGAACGUGUCCCUGCGGCGGCGGGGCGGCCGGGCCGGAAGUGCGGACCGCGUUGGGGGCAGGCGGCGAUGGCGGAGCAGGCUACGGCUCCCAUGAGCGAAGCGCACAACGUGAGCGGGCCCGGGGAGGCCCCCGCCGCCGGCCCGGUGCGCCCGCCCGCCACCCCCGAGGGCAUGGCCCUGGCCUACGGCAGCCUGGUGCUCAUGGCGCUGCUGCCCAUCUUCUUCGGGGCGCUGCGCUCCGUCACCUGCGCCAAGAGCAAGAAUGCUUCAGAUAUGCCAGAGACUAUUACCAGUCGGGACGCUGCUCGCUUUCCCAUUGUUGCCAGUUGCACCCUCUUCGGACUCUACCUCUUCUUUAAAAUCUUCUCUCAAGAAUAUAUCAACCUGUUGCUGUCUAUGUAUUUCUUUGUCUUGGGGAUCCUAGCCCUGUCUCACACCAUCAGCCCUGUCAUGAACAAAUUAUUCCCAGCUAACUUCCCCAGCAAACAGUACCAGCUUCUCUUCACCCAGGGCUCAGGGGAAAACAAGGAAGAAAUAGUGAAUUAUGAGUUUGAUUCCAAGGACCUUGUGUGCUUGGCCAUGAGCAGCGUCGUUGGAGUCUGGUACCUGCUGAGGAAGCACUGGAUUGCAAACAAUCUCUUUGGACUGGCGUUCUCUCUCAAUGGCGUGGAGCUCCUGCAUUUGAACAACGUCAGCACUGGCUGCAUCCUGCUCGGGGGCCUCUUCAUCUACGAUGUGUUCUGGGUUUUUGGCACCAACGUGAUGGUGACUGUUGCCAAAUCGUUUGAGGCACCAAUAAAACUGGUUUUCCCCCAAGAUCUGCUGGAGAAGGGGCUGGAGGCUGACAACUUUGCCAUGUUGGGUCUUGGAGAUGUUGUAAUUCCAGGGAUCUUCAUUGCUCUGCUGCUGCGUUUUGACAUCAGUUUAAAGAAGAACACGCACACGUACUUCUACACUAGCUUUGUGGCAUACAUCUUUGGACUGGGCCUGACCAUCUUCAUCAUGCACAUCUUCAAACAUGCCCAGCCAGCGCUGCUGUACCUGGUCCCUGCCUGCAUUGGGUUUCCUCUCCUCGUGGCCUUGGUGAAGGGAGAAGUAACCGAAAUGUUCAGCUUCUAAUGUCGCUGUUGUGGGGCUUCUCCCUGCCCCAGGGAACCAGUCCCUGCACGGCCGAGUCUGCUGAGCGACUAGCCUCUGCGUACGCUCUUCCCUUCAUGCAGCCAGAACCAGCCACCCGAAAGAAGAAGAAGCAACCUAAAUCUGCCUUACUGAAUAGCCCGACCCUCUCCCCGGCUCCUGGCUUAACUGAGGUCACUUGUCCCAGGCACACGUGCUCUUCGCAGCCUGGCCUGUCUGGCCUCGUGAAAAUGCCAGUGCCGCACUGUACGAGGGGCAGUGGUUUUAUUCAGGAUGGCCGAAUAUUCUGCAUGGCGCUGGGAGCCAGCGUUCUCAGAUCCACCUGCCACUUACGCAAGCCAGGGCUGGCUUGAGCUGAAUUCUCAGUCCCUUGACCGGGAGGAGGUGUCCAUCAGCGUGCGUGCUCAGUGAGCUGACUGGCACGUGUGUAUGAGCGUAUCUGCAUGUGUACCUUGCUGCCGUAGUGAAACCCUCUCUUCUCAGUUUGGAAGGUAUAUUGAGGGAGGGAGGGCUGCCUGUGGUGGGGGAGGUAGGUACAACAGGGCAUCAUACGCUGUCAGCCUCCCCUCUCCCACUGACUUCACUUGAAUCCUGUGUCUGGCGCUGUAACAAUGAUGGUGGGAGCUGUUCUCCCCACCUGCAUGGAGUCCUGCUCUGUGUGGAACUAGCCCAGCAAUCUGCGCUGCUAGGGGCGGGCUGGAAAGCCCCGCUCUCUGUGCAGCUGGCUGACAGUGCUCAUGCCCUUGGUCCUGAUCCACACGUUCCCCACCCACUUUCACCCAAAGCAGAGGCGUUGACUUUCCUAAGAACUGCAGCUGCUUAACUCCCAGCAUCCUCUCCUUCUCUUGCCCUCAGCUAUGAGGAGAAUUCCAUGCCAAAGGAGGAGUCUGGGGACUCCAAAGACGCAAGGAUGGAAACGGAUAAAAAAGAGAAGUGACCUUGCACGCCUGGGCCAGGAUGGGCGUGUCGGGACCAGGCCAGGCUGGGAUCCAGGCCCCAUCGCAAGGGAUAAAGAUAAAAAGACCAAUUGUGUAUCAGCAUCGUGUUGUGUGUGUGUGUGCGCGCGUGUGUCCGGAGAAACUGUCGGGAUGGGAGAAGUCUCUGGAAGCCACAUCUGUCUGAAGUCCUUCUGCCAUCCCGAUGUUCCACCUGGGGCCUGUCCACUGCCAUGCAGUGCUUUGGGCAGCCAUGCUUCCUUAUUUUAUUUCAUAUUUUUUUUGUCAUCUCCUAAAUGGGUAGAAAAAAGGGGAGGGGGAAAACCAAGGGGCUGAUUUUUAAAUUUUGUAUUGUGGAUUCGCUUUCUCUCAUAUUAAACCAUCUCGAAGGAUGGA